UUUGAUUACUAUAUAUAUACAUUUAGGUAUCAUGGUAAGAGGAGGAAAAAAAUCAAAGAAUAAGUAAAAAAUAAAUCAUACAAAAUGGACACUAAGACAAUUUUUAUGGCAUUUUUCAUAAUCAACACUUUAGUGUCAUGUGCGUAUCCAUGUUUGGGCCAAGAAGAUGUUGACGAUAAACCACUAGUCAAUCCCGCUGAGUUUGAUACAUUGGAUGCGUUAUCGCCGGCUUCGCAUGAGUACAAUAUUUAUAUGUUAGAGAACCUCCCACCAAAAUACAAAACGUAUCUCGGAACCUGCGCUGAUAAGAUGGGGCUUAGUGGUAUUUUGGAAUGUAAUGAAGAUGUUCUUAGCGAGAUUCUUAUAAACAAACCUGUUUCAAGAGAGUGUUGUUUGAUGGUAGUAAGAGCCGGAAAAGAAUGCUACAUGGAGAUUAGAAAGUUCAUGUUUCGAUUGUAUCAACUCAAACGUUUUGCUUCUCAAGUUUCUUUCAAAACUAAUGAGGUUUGGAACAGAUGUUCUGCUGAAGUUGAAAGUCCUUCAUCAUCUCAAGACCACACGAUUUAG